ACUCUACACUUCAUCCAUCCAGGGUGACGCCAGUGCCUCUUACCCCGCCCCGUUCAACUCAGUCCACUGCGUUCAUUUCAUUCCUGCUCCCAUUCCGCGCAUAUUUCGCAUCCUUGGAGAGACGCUGCGCAGUUUACGCACUCAGCGCACCCGAUCCUUCGUUAAACCGAAACCGAGAGGAGACUCUGGAGUUAACGGAGCGCUUCCUGAUGUUGUAGCGACUCCGAUCCAUGGAAAAGUGUGGGAAUUAAUCCAGAAAGAAGCGUUUGAAUUGAGGUAAGUUCCCAAGGAGGAGUCCCCCCCCCCCCGAUCAGCUUGUAGCCUGAGCGUGUGAAAGCCCCCGGACGUUUCGCUUGUUUGUUAAACCUUGAAGUGGUCACUUAGAGUGAAAUUACCACAAUUUCGGCGAAUUCGUAUUCAAGAUUGAUACACCUGAAACCCUCAUAGAUGUCCAAAAGUCUAACAAGCUCACUAACGCUGUGCAUUGUAAGCUUUAAAGCGAGGGAUGUGGCUUUCUCUACAGUUUUGCCCUCUUUUCUUCCGACACCAAACAAAUCUCUUUUUUUGUCAAACCUGUCUCCAAGCUUUGAAAACAGGCACUGCCGUGUUAUCAAAUCGGAGUUGGAGUCAUGAAUUGAUCCUCGUGUAACGCGGAAAAAAUGAAAACAUUUUCGCCGCUGCGCUGAGGCAGCUUAACAAAGCUGGGAGUGAAUGGGGGACUUGUUGCAUCGGCGGGGUUUUCUCUUUUCCUCCACUGGCAGGCCUGAGUCACAGGAACAGGCCAUCGGUUGAUAACAUGCUCACAGCCUGUGUUUACCCAGCGGACUGAGCGCAUUACUGUAAAAGCUCAAUGGAAACACGAUCAAACAGGCUGCUGGCGCGUCUAUGAACGUGUUUAUUCAUCCUCUUCAUCUAUGAGGAGAAAAAAAAGACAAAUACUAAGGAUCCUGGAAUAAGCCGAAGAGUUUCCACCUUUUUUCAGGCGAACAUUGUGAAUUAACGAUUUACCUCUUCCACAGUCUGAGGGCUGAACUGCCAAGCUGCGAGAAGUGAGGUUUAUGAAUGCUUGUAAUAAGAUUUAAUGAAAUAGUUUUCUUGCCAGUGGUUGCAGCCUGGUCAAAAACAGUUUCAUUUUACAAACAGCCUUUGCCUUAAGUGUUGGUGGUGAUAUUGUUAGAGACCUCAUAGUCACUGAAUCCACUUAAGUAUCAGCAGCCUGUAAUAUCCCGUCAUAAGCUUAUAGUUGUGUUGUGUAUUUCCUUUUUAAUAUUGAUUGAAGGACUGCUCUUAUCCUUUAUAGCGAGAUAUAACACAGUAACACAGGCCAAACCACAAUGUGAUUAUUGUAGAAGAUUACACAGUAGCUGCAUUACUGUAACAGGUGUGUGUGUGUGUGGUGGGGGGCACAUAAAAGGGUCUUGUCCUGAGUUGAUGUGGCGAAAUAAAACUGUCAAACAAGGCCAAAUGUUAUGAGAAGUGCCAAUGUAAUGAGGAGAUUGAAGUAAUUAGGCCUUCAAACACCCAUCGAGCCAUCAUACUUUUACCUAUUAUUUUCUGAUCCCAACCCUUAAUGUGUUUUAUUAAAUGUUAGUAAGCUUUGAAGCACUUACUCAGAUUAUUGUAGGCAGGAAUAAAGAAACAACAACACUGCAAUUAUCAAAAUAAGAUCACAGAAAAUAAUUGACCUGCUGGAAUUGAGCGAAAGUGAACCUAAAAAUAUUUAUAUGAUUUUAAAAAAAAGAUUAAUAUUAAAAAUGAUUGUGUCUUUAAUAAAGUUUUGCUCUAUAAGUAGCAACAUGUGAAAUAUUGAUAAAUGAUUGAAGUAACCGUGUAAAACCAGCAGCAUAAUCAGCAGUUUUAAAUCUUUGAUAUUUUUCAUUUUGGUUCUGGAUGAAAACUGUGAAAACAGGCACUUUGGAAAGUGUAACAGGGGAAGUGUAUAUGUGUGUAUGUAUGUGUGUAUCAUUGUCUAGGCCUGUGAGUGUACAAAGCCCAGUCACCCUAGGCAAACAGCCUCCCGUCAUCCCUCCACUUUCCCCCCUUCACCCCCCAUGCCUCUCCCUCUCCAGUCCGUUGACAUCUGUUUUAGUGCUUCAUGCACCUGUAGAGACUAGGGAAGUGUGUGUGUGUGUGUGUGUGUGUGUGUGUGUGUGCGUGUGUGUGUGUGUGCGUGUGUGUGUGUGUGAGUGUGCGUGUGUGUGUGUGUGUGUGUGUGUGUGUGUGUUUGGGUGGGGGAUUUAAGGGAGGUGCACAAUGCAAAUCCAGGCGUUUGUUCUGAGCCGAGCAACUCAGACUGACUAACGACCAUUUAGUGUGUGUCUGUGUGUAUGUGUGUGUGUGUGUGUGUCUGCAUUUGCCUUCAUUUGUGUGUACAUGUUUGCCUCUUGCUGUCCAGGCCAGGCAGGCCUAUUGUUGCAGCAGCAACAGGCGUCGGUGGAUGAGGACGCACCAUAUGGCCUCUGUGUGCUUUAGUCACAACUGCUGCGUGCACACAUGUCUGUGUGUGUGUGUGUUUUUGCACUUCACCAAUGCUGUAACAAUAUGGUGGAGUUUUGAGUGGCUGGCUGUUGGCUGCCUUUCUUUCUCCUUGCUGUUUCAUCUGUUGUCUCAUUUCUAAACAGGACGAUGAAAUCCGGCGCACAGAUUUUUAUGGAGUCAGUAUCAGCAGGAGUAAUCGUUUUGGCAUUGAGUGUCGUCUUGUGGUGUCCAUAUGAAGUCUUACUCCUACAUAUUUGUUGUAAUAUUUUAAUUCUAUCAGAUUUAUAUACAAUUUUAUUUAUUUUUUUGUUUUGUUUAGAUGAAUCAACAGGUGGCUCAGCUCGUCCAGCUGUGAAAACAGCGGCGGUUGAUGGAGUUAUCAUCAGAGAUAUACCUCCUUUAUUAAGAUAAUAAAUGUACAAUUUCAAUUUGUGAUGAAAUGCUAAUACUUUAAGCAACAUCUCUUUCAUAUAUUUUAAUGAGACCUUCCUUAUUUGAAAACAUUUUUAGCAACAGUUCUGAUCAUUUUAUUCAUGUUGUCCAGAAAAGUGCAGACAAAUAACAGGAGAAAAACUGGAGUGUAGAUGAGGGGAGCUCGAACUGACAUGUAAUGAAAUUUGGGCAGCAGAGCUGGUUCAUUUGAGUGUGGGGGGUGAGUAAGAGAGUUGGAAGGGGGCUGGGGCAAAGGGGUAUAAGGUGGAGAGAGGGAGGGUUGGUUUGGGGGGUGUGGUGGGAUGGGGGGCAGGCAGGCUUUGUUUAGAGGACUGGGGAACAAUAGGCAUCCUCCUGGGUGGGGUGGGGUAGGGGAAGCUGGUUUCUGGCUGCAGGAGGCCAUGGUGCCUGUACUGGCUUGUCUGACUGCCUGGACUCCCCUUUUUUUCUCUCCUCAUAUGUCUGUGUCCCUCUCAUGUCCGCAGCAAUGCAAAUCCAUCUCACAAUUUCUCUUUUCCGUUUUUGACUGUGCUGAAAGUCCUUCAACCCAGGUAGCUCCUUGUUGUUGUUGUUGUUGUUUUUUUCUGUGUGUGUGUGUGUGUGUGUGUGUGCGCGUGUGUGUGUGUGUGUGUUUGACAAAGAUGGCAUAACCACACAGGUUUUCUUGCAACAUCUAGCUAGAUGUUUUUAUCUUUUCUUGCUCUUAUUUCUUCUAAUGCACGUUUCUCAGUGACACAAGGUUGUUUUUAUAAACAUGAGGUGCAACGCUGUGUCCCAGAGCGCUUUGAACACGUAAAGCUUGACCUUGAAAAGAACAGAAAAUUAAAGCUGGAUAGCUGGGACGAAAUCUCUGCAGCAAUGAUAGAAAAAGGACGAAUAAUUUACACAAAGUAGGCUUUCUUAAUGUGCCGUGGAAUGUUAAAAAAAUGUUAAAAAAUGUUUGAUUUUCUGUUUGUUUUCAAAUAGCUAAAAAAAAAUACAUGAUUCAGUGUCCACUUUAUUCGGGGAACUUAAAACAAACAAACAAAGAAAGCAAAGCUUUUCCUUCAAAAGACAAUGAAGUAACUCAGCUGUCAGCUAUUCCAUUUGCCCACAGUUCCUACAGUAGUGGCCAUGAACCAUUUCAUUCACUAAGCAACAAAGGGCUGAAAAGAAGUGGAAGAAGUGGUUUAUGUGUCUUGAGUUUAUGCAUUUCAAUGUGCAACACACAUCCUUUAGAAACAAAUCUACCAACAAAAGAACAAAACAAACAAACCCCCCCCAAAAAAACCUUCAAAUAUUUUGCUUUUUGUUUCACAUAUGUUUUCAGUUUUGGUACAGAGCAGAUAAAAAAGGAGGUAACCACACCUUCAUGGAAAAUCUGAAUCCUCAGGUUUCCUCUCCCAAUCAGGCAGUCUAGAUUUCAACUACUUCUUGCUUGCUUUCCCAGUUGGUGGAGUUGGCAUGAUAAACUGUGCAGAGUAUACAAAAGUGGAGAUGUUUGCUCACAACAUUAGUUUAAGCCUCUAGAAGGCCCAUGAGAAGUACCUGUUAUUCUCUGAAAACACUUUAAUACACAGUAUAUACACAAUACACACACUGACCAAUGCAAUUUUCAGAAAUGACUAAACAAUGGCAAAGUUAGAACAAAUUAAGUUAUAACUGAGUAAAAGAUUUUUCCUCACAGCUUUUAUAGUUUGAUAAUGACUUUGCUGACACUGACUGGUAUUGUGCUUUGGUUGCAGUCGACACUUAUAAUACUUACAGUUUCACACCUCGGUUACAGAAAGGUUUUUUUCUUUCUUUUUUUUUUAAACAUAUUUUGAGUUGAAUUUUUCCAAACGUGACAAUCAACCCUCACUGAAUUUAAGAUUUUAUGAUCUACAGCCAUAUUAUACUGUAUGUAUAUGGUACAGGUCUGCUUUAGUUUAUCAGUUUAAACAUUAGAUAUCUUGUCUUUGCAGAGUUAUUUAAUUAAACAUAGGUCAGAAAUGAUUCGCAAAUCCUUGAAUUCAGCAAACCAAUGACAUUGGGGUUUGUAGUUGGACGUUAGGUUUUUGUAAGGGGUUAAACACCCUGAGAGCAUCAAAUUUAUUGAAUAGUACCAUAACUUUGCAAAAAAAAAAAAAGGUUGAUCUACGGUUCCUUUAUUAAGCACAAGCUGCAGCAGAAAAGUGAGAGCAAUACAUAUAUAAAUAUAAGAAGAAUAUAAGAAAUAUGUAUAAGCCCUUUUUAGAUGUGCACAGAUUUCCUGAAAGCUGUCUGAGACUUCCAGGCUGAUCAGCUUGUGUAGACACAAACAGCCACAUUUUUCACCCCAACUUUCCUCAGAACAUUUCCUUUUCCCCCCUUUUUAUCAUUUUAGGGUGAAGUCAGUGAGCAUGUGUGAGAACAUUGUAGUAAAUGUGACAGAGCUUUCCGUGUUGGUGAGCCAGUGUGUGGACAUUUGUAUCAUGCAGCCAGUGUUCUGUAUAGUUUAGCUACUUGAUUGAAAAAUGUCAGUGUAGCUCAAGCGUAUGCACUCUCAUACCUGUUUUCAAAAAGUACUGUUUACAGUCACCCAAAAUGCCAUUUCUGUGUGGAUGGAACGUCAACAACAAAAAACUUUAGUGUUUACUCCUGAAUUUGUUUAUGUGUGGACAGGUUGAUUCCGCCUUCGGACAGACUUUGCGGAGGGCAGUGGUUUGCUCUUCAUCCAAAACUGUGAAGCUGUACCAAUUCCACAUGACUGACUUGCCCUGUCCUAUUUAGCCAUGAAAUUAUCACCUUCUUUUACAAACGCCAUGUUUGUUUACACUAAUGUGUGCGGGAACUGGGGAGCGCUCCUGCAGGAAGGGGGAGUGUACGGUGGCCUGGAGACGCCAGACAUGAUAGAGAGGAAAAUCGGUUUGAUGAUUGUAAUUUUUUUAACACCGUCAUAAUCAAAUAAUCUGAUUAUGAUUUAAAACCGAUUAAUUGUGCAGCCCUGGGAUCCGCCUUCUGACAUUCUCCUUUUCCCUCGUCCAACAGGGAGGGUUUUAUUUUGUGAGGGUACAUGUUUUAACAGAUGAGCUGGGUAAAUUCUGGGGGUCAGAUCUGGAAUUUUUCUCAGAGUUUUUUAAAGUGUGUUGUGUAAAACAGAACAGGAGACAGUGAAGUGUGGCAUUAAUAAAAUACAAUGCUAUCAAUCAGAUAGCUAAAACUAAAUUUUUCUAUUUUCACAAGACAUUUAAGUUAAAAUUCUUGUCAUGAGACUGCUGGAGUCUGUUGUUGGUAUUAAGUGUUAAAAAACUAAAAAGGAGCACAUCUCUGUCAAUUUCAUUACAUGCCAGCUUUAAUCAAAUUCUCUAUUCAGAGAACAGCUCUUGGUUCAAGUCCAAAACUUUGAAUUCUUUGUUCAAUAUAAUUCAAUACUCAGCCAUCUAUCUUAUUGCUUUCAGACCUUGAACAUGUAAGGAUCUUCAUGCAGCAUGGGUCUCUUCAAUUCUGUGCUUUGAUAAAGCUUAACCAGGAGCACGUUUUUGUAGGCAGAAAGAAAAUCAAGGUACUACUCAGACUGUGUAAAGAACCAGUCAUGUCCUUAGGGAACAUGAAACAAGUCAUGAUAGUUACAGGCUGCACAGUGAUGCUCUGCCUCCUCACUAAUGUCGAUAUGAGAGCAGAGCAUCAGUUGGCUGUAGAGGAUGUAAUUGUAGCAGAGAUAUAGAUAGAAGGAGUUGGCUAUACUCUUUCACAUUUACACAGCUACAGAUGUCUGUCAUUGGGUGUGGGGUGAGACUCAUACAUGCCCGCACACUCACAAACACACAUUCAGCCUCUUUCCCAGCACAAUGCUCACAGGCUCACACUUAUUAAAUGGUGUUGGUAUUACUGCAACCUCCCCAAGCCUUUUUUUUCUACUGGUGGAGGAUAUUGUCCCUCUGAGUGAGCAAGUGUGUGUGUGUGUGUGUGUGUGUGUGUGUGUGUGUGUGUGUGUGUGUGUGUGUGUGUGUGUGUGUGUGUGUGUGUGUGAGAGAGAGAGAGAGAGACAGAGAGAGAGAGAGAGACAGAGUGAGUGAGUGAGUGAGUGAGAGAGAGAGACAGAGAGAGUUGGACAGAGUGUCCAUCAGUCUUUGUGUGAUAGCAACAGACCCCUCCUCAGGAAGAAGCUAGAGGAAGAUAAUGGCUCAGUUUGACUCAGCAAAAAUUGUUGGAAGAUGAAAAAUAGUGGAGUGGGAUGAAGAACAGAUAAGGGACUCACUAGCUAAACCUUUGUCUGCCACAUUUCUAAAAGGAAACAAGCAUCAGUGUGCAAUCUGUGGCCAAUUACUGUGUGUGCAUAAGUGGUAAUGCAUCUGUAAGAAGGGAUGGUGAAAUAAUGAGGAGUGCAUGUUCUGAAUCACAGCCUCUUCACUCCUCAUAAAGCUAGUCUCUCUCACUUUCUCUGUUUUUCUCAAGUGUGUAUUAGUGCAGGGGAAGCACAAAAGAAGCUUUGCAGAUUUUGUCUCAUUGAUGCUGCUUUUUCAUUUAGCCUAAUGAAUAUUUCUUUGUUUUUCAAACAUUAAAUUGGGUUAGAACUAAUCAAUCCGACUUGAGCCUUUUAUAAAGGUGAUAAUUUCUUUCAUAGCAUUGUUCAAAAUGAUCUUAUAGGUAAUGGAUCAUUUCAAACUGCAUCUGGCAAGAAAGAGUGGAUGCUGAAGUGUGUCGGUGUCUAAGUGAAAUCACAAAUGAUAGGGAAGGGAUCAGUUCUUCAUGGGAGGUUUGUUUCUACGCACUGAACAACUAGAUUGUCCAUGAAAAAAAUCUGAUAACUUUCCAAGUUCUUUACUCGUGCUCAGACAUCACAUACAGGCUUAAAACUAAAAGUUCUAUUUCCUUACACUUCACUGCACUUUGUAGUUUAAAGUCAGCUCAUACGGUUGGACGACUAGAACUGGAGUAAUAGAUAAUGGUCACUUAAUUUGAGCAGUUUUACUUGUGAUGGAUAAUUCAUGCCACAAACAGAGCCAGUAAAGGACUUGACCUCAAAUGACCUGCAGUGUGUGGUUCACCCUUUCUGACCCCAGUGACAGAUGGCCUCAUCAAUUGCAGUGUGUGUGUAAGGCACAACCAGUCUUAAAAAUAUGAUUGGAUACCGUUGAUUUUCUCACAAAAAAAAAAGAAAAUGUAUAAAUUAACAUAAAACAAAAACAAAGCAGACAAAUUGAAAACAGUGAUUGGUAUUAACUACAUAAAGAAUUUAAAAGUAAUCUGGUGAUAAUCACAAAUGCUUUUGAUAUACAGUGAGUCAGCUUCUGCUGAGGUUCAAAAUAGUGUCCUCCCUGAAAAGAUUUACAGAGAUGGUCAUCUGCAUUAGAUAAAAUAGUUUCAUGUUGUCUGCACACAUCUGGAAAAAAAUGUGACCAAAUAGUUACUUCUAAAUUUGUUCACAAUCUGUUUUCAUGUAUUUUUAAGACCUCACAAAGACAAUGUUGUGAGAGUCACACCAUUUAUGAAUAGUACAUUUACCACUAACCCAGAGCCUUAAGCCUAAAGCCCACAGGAUCCAUGUUAAGUUGUUCGGCGUCACGUUGAACAUAGCUGUCUAUCGCACACAGGAUGCGCAUUUGGAGCGUGGCUGCAGCGUAGUGCAGCCUCAGUCAUCUGGGCUCAGUAUAGAGGAAACAACAUGCUCACAACAGGUUGUUUUGCCUUUCUGCAGUCUAUUUCCUGAUCAUUUGGAUAUAAGUCAGUGAUGACCAUUGAGCCUCUACUAUAUUUGAAAAAGCAAAGUGAUUUUACUGUUUUUUUUUUUUUAAUUUUUAAAUUUACUGAACGACAUGCGAUUUUCGUGCUUGACAUCCUAUCUAGAACGAUCUUCUCUGUGUAGAUUGAUGCAUUCAGUUAGUCAUUCAGGAUUCAGUUAUUGUUCACUGUAUUUAAAAAUUAAAUUUUGAUUUUGCUCUAAUGUCUGUAUCAAAAACACUUAAAAUGGUUGAACUGGAGUUUUAGCAGUGAUAAUUUUGUUGCAGGCCGUUUUGUUUGGGACAUCAGGAGUCAUAGGAAUUUCAGUAAAUACUGAAAAUGAAGUUCUUUUUGCAGUGUCUAGUUUAUGUCUAAACACCUACAGUUAAUAUUAAGUCUUAUCGAUGUUAAUUAGACAUUACAUGAAUCUUACCAGGGCCAAAGACAAAACAAAAUAAAACAAAAAUCUAAGGCACCCUUUCCAUCAGACAGGAGUGAGACUUUUAUUUUUGCUAUUGUCUCUAGUUUAAGUAUUCUUCAUCUCCAUUUGACAUUAAUUUUUAUGGUAUUUAUCAGGGUUAAUAGAAAAUGUUUAGGCUCAGGACUGACAAAAAAAGGUUCCUAGUAACAUAGUUAAGACUGCACUUCAAAGAAAUAUAAUUUGUAAUCAUUUGACUUGAACUUUAUUUUUUGGCAUAGCUGUAAACAUGAAUAAUUCAUAAUGUCUUGAACAGAUCAUCAUUUUUCUAGCUAUUACCAGCACAGCUUUGUAAUUGUCUUACCCAUGUCAUUAUUUAAUGCAGUCAAGCUCAAUAGACAACAUGAUAAUUAAAACUGUCACUGAUACAUAGCCUAACGCAACACUGAGGUGUCAGCGCUUCGACCUUAGUUUUAAGUCUACUGGCAUCUUAAGGCUGAUUCAACUGGCUUUAUCCUUGCUUUACAAUGCUAUAUGAGCUGCAGUAGUGACAAGUCAAGAGCUCAGGGCCAGACAGUACAUCAGCUACAGCUUAAAUCCUUCAUUUAAAUACAUUUCAGACUUUUGGAAUAAUGUGCAGUGUACUUGAAAGAUCUUUCGUCAUAAAUGAUGUGUCCACUUUGCAGGCUGUGAAAGUGGCAAGAUAAAUAAAGCACCCCUGAAUCUGUUCAGCUCAAGACAGUGUGAGUCACUCACAAGUUAAAAAUGAGUCAUGUGCUCCAAGGUCCUAUACCAAAAAAAAGACAUAAAAUAAAACAAAAAAUAAAUAAAUGUAUGUUUAUAUAAGCAGAAAAUGUGAAUGACUACCUCAGGUGCUAAAUUAUUUUGUUUGUGCUGUAAGGCUCCAUUAAAACGUGACAAAAAACAUAAAGUGGAACAAUGUUUGCUUUGAGGAUUACGAGAAAAUCCUCUUGUAUAAAACCACUGUGAGCGUGCGUGUGUGUGUGUGCAGGUGUGUUUGUGUGUGUUCAUGCACAGUUGGAAGCAGUUAAAACAGAUGCUGCUGAGCGGUCCAAAAAAAGUAGUGAAAGGGAUGGACUCGUCUGUCAUGAUACAUUCAACUUCUAUACGAACAGGACCCCCUGCUGACACACACACAAAACUCCACACACAGAUCUCGGCCCCCCUGGCAAUGCAAACACUCACACAUCAAUUGCUUAACAUUUCAUAAGCUCACUGGUCUGUAUUGAGAAUAUAGAGGACGAGAGCCAUACAUGCCGCAUGCUCCCAAAUGUAUACAUGUAUAUGGCAUGUUGUGGAAGCUGGUAAGAGCUGUUGGAAAAAAAAAGUGGAAGAGGAAGAAAGGCAACACAGGGAGAGUAGGAGAGUCCAAGGCAGCUGCAGGACUGUGGCUGGAUGCCCUGUGUGUGUUCUCCUGGGGGCUGGCACUGACACCAUGAUGCCUGCUGUCCUGGCUGGAAAGGCACAGGCUUGCCUGGUGACAGAGAGAUACAAUGAGGGGAGGGGUACCCAGUGUAUAGAGGAGUUGACCAGUCAGGGUUGAUUGUUGUGUGACUAAUGUCUUUCUCCAGUGUCCAUCUGCUGUGGGGCCCCUCUCGUGCUCACAUCAUCUGAGCCUCACUUUGAUUCUUUCACUUACCCUGCAACUUUAUUUUCUUCUACUCAUCAUGAAGCAGCUGCAUAUCACUCUAGCAUUGAUUGCAGUGACUGUUUUAUUUAGUAAUCAAUGAGAUGGUCUUGCUCUUCAUGCAUCCAUGAAGCGUGUGUACACAAGCCCAAGUAUAGGACAUACAUUAGACAGCAACAGUACACUUUAUGAAUGAAAAUAUGAUAGUGACUGUACAAGAAAGAAAGACUCAAGUAGAGCUUGGGGUGGAGGAGGGGGGUGUUUUUACAGAGGUGGGGGCUUGACGACUCGACUCGAGACUCGACUUGGACUUGAGUCCCGUUUUUGAUGACUUAAGACUUGCUUGAUGAAAUCAAGAAAUGACUUGGACUCGCUUGGGACUUGAUUGCUCAAGACUUGAGACUUGACUUGAGCCCAGUGACUUGAAAAGUCAAGUCAAGUCUUUUCAAGUCACUUAAUACCUUACAGCAAGCCCAAACUGUAUAAAAAGUGUUGCAUUAACUAAUAGUCAGGAAUUACGGCCGUUGGUAACACCGUGUUGUGUUGCCAAGUCUGCUUAUUUCCCGCAAAAAAAAUUUGCUUGUUUUUGGCUUGUUUCUGGAGGUCUGUUUCCUUAUUUCUCUCACGAAACUUGGCAACACUGUCUCGAACUCUAGCCUCCCUCAUAACAACAACAUUCGCUAGUAUUGCCCGCCUGUUUCCAAGUGUUGCACGUGGAAACAGGCAACACGUAAACAACAAACACAGCCGGCUUCACUCUGUCACUACUGCUGGACUGGUGAACUGAACUGGAAGCCAGGAGACAUGACUACUCCAGCAGUUAUAGCUUUUGGUUUUAAGAAUUACGAGGUGGAUGACAUCAAAUAGAAAAGAAAAGCCCAAUGCAAGACAUGCAGUGCCAAAAUCAGCGAUGGAAUGAAAACUACUUCCAACUUCAAUCGACAUAGCUGCACUAUGUAACUUAACACAAACAAGAACCCUUGUUUAAUAAUAAAUGCAAAUAGUGAAAAAUGCUCAUGAUUUAUGUAAAUCUUUACAUAUAACAAAUGGUUUAUGGCUUUAAUAUGACAUGUUUUUUACUUGAAAGAAACGCUAAGGACUUGGUUGAGACUCGAAACAAAAAGUUCAGGACUUGGACUUGUCUGUGUUGACUUUGACUUGCCUCGGACUUGAGAGCAAAGAUUUGAGACUCGACUUGGACUUGCAAUAUAGGGACUUUCAUAGGGACAUCUGUGUUUUUACAGUAUAUCCGCGUGAAGUGUGUCAGAGUGUGAACAAUUACCUAUUUAUGCCCGUUUUCAUGACCAAAACAUUUAAAGACAUCAACAGGAAGUUACCGUUACACCAGCUGUUACAUCAUUGAAAUAGUGGACAUAUGGCACGAUAUAAAUAAACAUAUAUAUUUAUAUAUACUGUGUGUGUAUAUUUAUUUAUUUAUUUAAGUCUAUAUAUAUAUUUAAGUCUGUACCAUUGAUUCUGUAAGGUUAAAACCGUUACCAUAAUUCUGUAGUUUUAAACUGCAAUGGUUACGCAACACAAAUAAAAUCAGUCCAUAAAAAGUAGUGUGUAUUUAUGAUUUCACAUUUCUUUCGACAAAGUGACAAAUCCAUUGAAAAAUACCAUUUGUUCAUCUGCAUACAUGGUAUCCAGAUGAGUGAAAAUAAAGUUGAAUUUAGUUAAUAUCACUUUCAAUUAAUUUGUGCAGUUAAUUUUUCUGCUUUAUGGCUGAUGAGACACCAGCAGAGAAAAUAAGAUAAGAUAUUACAAAGAGAUAUUAAAACGCACAAAGAAGUGCCGAAUGAAAGAGACAUUGACGGUGAAAUUGAAGAAAACAGUCACAAAGCAAUGACAAACUGCAACACAGUAUGGGCUGGAUAAGUAAAAAGCCUUAUUUGAUGUGAGGAAGGAAACCUUGCUCAGGUCCUGGUGUUAAAUUUCUGCAUCUGUAAAAAUGUUAACACAAAAAUCUAAUCUUUAGACACUUCCAUGAAUAGAAAAGGUUAAGUUUAAUGUUAAUGUAGUCUGAUUAAAAAAAAAAAAUGCCAAUAGAAGUGCAACCGACUGUCAGAAAGAAGGAGCUGUUUUAUUUCAGUUGUAUAAAUAAAAUGAAUAAAAUCAUCUUUACACCAGUUCUUCUAGCUCAAACCCCUGCGAAUGGAAUGUGCUGUGUCACCAUGUAGGACCAGACAAUUAUGGCAAAAAUAAUAAACACAAUUAUUUAGACGGAUAUUGAAAUCAAGAUUUAUAAAACAUGAUCAUUCAUCAAUUUCAAAACUUGAGUAGUAAUUAAACCACCUAAACUGAACUUACUUAACCAUACUCAUGUUCGACAGUCACCUGCUGCUGCUACAUUGGGUUAAGAGAGGGGAUAGAGGGAGAUGCAGAAAGAGAAAGGGGGACAGAGGUGAGACUGAUGCACAGAGUUGAAGCAGAGGAAGCUAUGACAUGAUGGAGCAUGGGGACUCCCAGAAAAGACUGUAUAUCAGGGACUCUAGAGGGACAUGAGUGUAUUUCAGCAUAUGUGUCAGAUAAAGGGAGAGGUAAAACCUUCUAGAACAGGAUUCUUUUAUGAUUGAAGUCAGUUCCAAAAAGUCAAUUUUCCUUCUGAGCCUGAAGCUGCAUUGUGGCAAAAACAUUUAGUGUAAGUGAAACAAAUCUCACCAAAAGCACAGAUGGAAAGCUGCUAAGGAAGGACAGGAGUGUGAGAAGUUGGAGAGGAUUUACAGAAAAUGUAUGAAGAGGAAACGAAAGGUCUUGUAAAACCAUUCAUUACACAUGGCUGGAAGUCUAAGCCAACGGAUGAUUUCUUGCAGCCCCAUAGUGUUUUCCCUCAGGUGUUCAAAAUCGUUAAGCUGGGCUCAAGUGCCUAGGUGGGGUAAGGAUGUAUCCAAACUCACCGUCAAGUGUAAUUGUGUUAAAAUUAGCCCAGCAGACACACACACAGACAAACAAAGUAUACACACACUGACAUACACUUCACACUGCAGGCUUGUGCAUGCUGUGGCAAGGGACGGAGUAUGGGAAGUGUGAACAGUAUAAGACCAGACAAAAUGACAUGUGUUCACCCGAGGAGCUGGCACUGUAAUUGUGUGUGUGUGCAUAUGUUGGUGUAUGAGUGUGAUGUGUACUGCGCCAACACUGCUGUUUACCAUGGGGGGUUUUAGGAGGAUUGUAGGCAGCUGGCAGGCUGCUUCAGUUUCCUAUUUUCUUUUUCAAUCUUUUCAAAGCUGUGUGUAGUACAGGCCUCAGUCAGUCUGUUCCUCAUUUACUUUCUCCACUUAGCCAUGUGCAUUUGUUGUUGGCCUACUACAACACUUUCACAAAAUAGGCAAUUUCCCCAUAAAAGAAGCAAUAAUUUUCCUUUCGCAGCUGGGAUACCGGCCUACAAUUUGCCAAUCAGUACUUAAGAGCAACACUAGAAAACACUUAUCUGGCAAAAAGUCUGGCUUAUAUGAGCAGGACUCACAGAAAAAUGGGCCAUUACCAUUAUAUUUUGUUCUUUUUUUCUGAAACCCAACUCUGCAUUUGGGUGAACAAGUCUGUGCACAGAAAGUAGAAAACCAAGUGUCAGUAGUGAGGACAUGCUAUAUAAUGUAUUAAACACCCAAACAUGCUUAUGUGUAUUACCUGGUGUUGCUUGAACUUCUGUUGCCCCAUUUGGUUCCAUUUCUGAAGCAAAAUUAAAGCACCACCCUCUAAAGGUGGAGUAUUCGUGAUUGUGUUUCAGCACAAAGUUAUUGCAUUUGUUAAGAGAUAUUUUAAAUAAUACAAAAAAUGAGUUGGUUGGAGAAAUAUAUAUAUAUAUAUAAAAUGCAUGAAUAUUGGUUUGCCAGUUUUAAUCACAUCUAAUAUUCCUCUCUUUUUUUGUCAUUUCAGGGCCCUGCUGUCUAACAUUGAAUUUCUGGCCAAUAUCCACUUCGAGUUGUUCAAAGUCUUCACCCCACCUUUAUUAUUGUUACUGUUUGUUAGUAUUUGGGAUGUUUACUGUUAAGGCAACAGCUAGCAUUAGCAUUUAAUGUUAUAGGAAGCCACAGCACACUGACCUUGCUGGAAGUUAAUUAAUACUUUAGGUGAAAGACUUAGCUGAAGUUCAAGAAAAGCUUUUUAUCAAGUUAGCCUACCAGGCUAUCAGCUUUUAGCAGUAGUGGUGAGUACACAUAAGCUGCCAGUAUGGAUCGCGGUAGCUGGAGUGGCAGUGAGAGUGCAGGGGAGGACAUGGACAGACUGAGUGACUCAGGAGGGGAUAAGACCAUGGAUGGAGACCCCGAAGGAGUCUGGAGCCCUGACAUCGAACAGAGCUUUCAGGAGGCCUUAGCUAUCUACCCUCCAUGUGGAAGGAGGAAGAUAAUACUUUCAGAUGAAGGAAAGAUGUACGGUAAGUGAUAUGGAAAAGAGUUUGUUCUAAACUGUUGGUUAAAUGAAUGAAGGAGCCAAAAUCACAUUGACAUGUUAUUGUUUGUUUGUUUUUUUAUGUUUUUUGUCAUGUCUAAAUCCAAAUCCAGCUAUCACUCAACCAAUGUUGGUUGUGUUUCUAUUUCCAUGAUGACUGACCUUGCUGUUUUACAGUCCUGUUCUUGAAAUUUGACAUGUCCAUGAUCGUCAAGUUUGGAAACGAAAUGAGGGAACGAAAUGAUAUGAAUGAUAAUUAGUGAUUUUGUAGAUCUACAAAGUAUUGAGUAGCAUGUUCAUCAUGCUACUUGAAAUUAUGAAUGACAUUGUAUAGUUUGGAUUUUUGAGUAGUACUUUACAUGUUGUGGUGUAACAGAAUAAGGUGACAUCUCUGCAAGGUGUUAUCAACACAUCCAAGCUGUUGCAGAGAUUGCUGUGUUUUGUCAGACUGUGAGAAACACGGGUAGACAGCUGUGAGUGAGGGCAGUCUCACAGAGACACAGGAAACAAAGAUGAACUGUAAAAGAGAGAAAGAUGUGUGCUGAGGUGAAUCAAGAAUAUGUGUAAGCGUCUGAGGAGGAACUUGAGCGUGCGUGUGUGUGUGUGUGUGUGUGUGUGUGUGUGUGUGUGUGUGUGUGUUUGCUAAUAGAGUGAUGAACAGAUGGUCCUCUGGCUGCCACCAGCUGCGCCUGCCUCCUCUUUCACUGUAUUUUUUUCUCUUGCUCUGUAUGCAGAGUGCACUCUAGUGAUUUCUUUAUGAUACUAUUUGAGAUUUGGAACCCUGAGUAUAAAGUGAAAUCCUUGUCAUUAUAUUUUAGACUGGUAUGUACCAAUACAACUUUUUAUGCCUUAAAUACCAAUACCGAACCAAUACCUGGGCUUUGGAAUUGCCUAAUACGAUACUGAUUCAAUCCAAUCUAAGCAUUCUGGGCAUAUUCCAAUGUUCACACGUGUGAGGCUUUGAAUGGAAGUUGAGUAACAUACUGCUGUCAGCCACAUACCAUAGCAGAAGCAGACAUGCCUCUGUCAAUAACUUGAUUCUUGUUCAUUUUGGGUAAACAGGGACAAGGACAGUAGCCCAGUUAAAUCAUCUGAUCUCUUAACAGCACAUCAGGGCUGCAAAGAUUAGUCGACGUUGUUGACAAAAAUAGAUAAUAAAAAAAGUCGACAAUGAAUGUGUGGAGUGAGGCAUCUUACUUAAUUACGAUCUCUGCCUAGAUUCACACAUGUAUAAUAGUGUCUCCGCUAAGGCAGCACGAUAUUGGAAAAAACUAACAUUGCGAUUUUUUUCAACCCUGCGAUAUAGUAUAUUGCGAUAUUAAAAAAUUCAGGAAUUUUCACCAGAUGACCUGAAUAGCACUUAAUGUUAUGCUGCACUGCUGAAAUCUUGAGGACAGUUAACCUGCACUGAUCUUACCUCUUUUUGUGAAUGUUUAGAAAGGCUUCUGUCUGUCUCAGAGAUAUUUUUAGCUUUAAUUGUGCUGGGACGUUAUUGUGGAAACAGAUGAUCACAGAACACGUGUUUUGGUCGACAUCAUCCUUCUUUUAACCGAAAUAAUUCCAGAUAACUGACUUUCCUUUUUUUUUUUUGGCAACAAGUUUUCAUCUUCUGUGGUUUUCUCUGUUUGUUGCUCAGUUUGCGAUCGUUGUUGUUACCGGGGUUGUGCUGAGAAACACAUGUCCUCCGAGAAUUGCCUGCACCUCACAAAACACGCACUGCUUAUGGUAGAGUGGUCCAGGGAAAUGUACAAUUUAAAACCCAUGCGGUUCUUGUUUGUUGGGCUAAACAGUGAUGAGUAAUGUUCUGAAAGUAAUUCUCAGCGGACACGCGUUUCUCGGCUCAACUCCGGUAGCGCCACCAACUCACUCCAUGUGCAGGGGUGGGUUUCCUCCUCUCUGAUUUUGAUUGACAGCUGGCAGUGUAGUCUGAUUGGCAACCGAGUAAAGAUCGAAGGUGAUUGGUGGAUCGCUGCAAAGCACAUGCAGAGUCACAUGCAGUGUAUCUCAGUCGGCUACCCUUGAAAUUAACUGAGUUCAUUCACCUCUGACAUCGCAGGCUCUGCGAUGUGACUAUCGCACACACGUACAUCGCAAUGACGAUGCUCAAACGAUAUAUUGUGCAGGCCUAGUCUCAGCUGAGUGGUAGGGUAUUCAAACAUGGCGGCGCUGGCAUCCCAUACAGCAGCUAUAAGUACACGCUUAAUUACCUCCAAAGUUUGGGAGCACUUUAGUCUAGAUAGCAACCUCAUGUUAAAUUUAAGAAAAUAAAUUCAUAAUUAUCCGAGUUGUCGACUAAUCGUUUCAAAAGUCUAUGACUAGUUUACUAUUAAAAAAAUCAUUAGUUGCAGCCCUACAGCACAUGUAAACUAGUGACUUUUAAAUUCACAACCUCACCUCCUGUAUGCUUAAGCAUGUGACUAGGAAUUACGUUUUGGCAUCAUAAGGCUUUUCUUACUUUAAAAACCAUAGUAAAACAAAUUUACUGGAUGUAUCAUUAUUUAUGAAUACAAUUAUUAAUGUGGUAGGUAUAUUAUUAUUUAACUUACCUACGCAUGCUCACAAAUGACUGUUAUUUGCUUCCCUUGUUUUUUUUUUCAAAUCUGCGUCCAAAACACAGAUACACCACCACACCAAGAGAUUUCUUGUCCUGAUAUAGACUUCAGCAUGUCCUGCCCAAGCAGAAAACUCUGGUCAUGAGAAAUAAAGCCAAUGUGGAUGUGUAGUGCUCUGAGUUCCCGCCUAAGGCUUGCUGCAGAAGCAGUAGAAACCCUGCACACACUAAGCCAAAAAAGCCUACUUUCCAAGCACAAAUAGACAUGUUUACAGCGUGGUUCAAAAAGACAGUUUUGGUCUGGACAGCUCAGGGCUCCCACAGCUUCCUAUAUGGACUAACUUUUUUCUAAUAAAUUUGCUAAAAUAACUUAAAAAAGGAAUUAUAUGUAAAUUGUAUCUUAACAGCAACUGUUGUGGAGCCCUCAAGCAGCCACAAAUUGUUGGAUGCAGCCUGUGCACACAAUUUUAUUUUUUCAGUACUGGAAAAAAAGACCCCUUAAAACUGUUGUCAAAUCACUAUUUAGCGAUUCAGUUUCUAUUCAGCAGAGAGAUAUUGCUUAAUUCAACAAAAGGAGGUACACUGAAAACUUCUCCUUUAAAAGUGCUCUAUAGUAUACUUUAAAAGGGGCCCACAUAAUUUGGCUGUAUCGUGGGAACCAUGACUAAAAUGCUGAUGUACAAUAGCCACACUGACGGUUACAGUAUUACAGUGCUAGGGUCUGACUUGGCACUGCUACAUAGUUUGUAGAUGUAUUGCAUUUUUAUCAGACUUGUGUUGUAUUUAACCAUGUCCUUCUCUUUUCUUGUACCAUCUUUAAAUCAUGUUUCAUAGGCCUUUACUGUGUUUGUUGUGUAUUUGGUGUUGAGUUAAUGUUUUUUUUUUCUGUUUCCUGCUCUGUUGUCUGUAUGAGUCUUCUUUUCCUGGUGGUGAAAUAGUUUCCCCUAUGCAGGAUCAAUAGAGUCUACCUUACCUUACCUAACCUUACCCUACACUGUAAAUGCUCCUUUUAGUUAUUGAUCAGUGAAUAAUCAAUGAAACUGAUGCUGUUUUCUGCCCCUGUGGCAUGUUCAGCACUAUUUGUGUACCCCGUUGACUUUGUGUCUAAGUUGUUGACACGUUUAUCACUGUGACCUAAUUGAGUGUCUGUAUGUCAGUGUCUAUAUUCUCAAGCAGAGCAGGGAGAGCGAAUGGUAAGAGCAUUUUGGGACAGGGUGAGCAGCAUUUGGUGUAGAAAUGGGGGGGGGGGGGGUUAUCAUUACUAGAGCAUCUGUGUGAAGCAAGAAAGCAAGCAGAAGCUGCGUCUACUUUUAUGUCAGGUUCAUGACGCAGAUAAAUGAGGACAGUUUCACUUUUUUUUAAAUUUUUUACCCAUGGUUAAUUUUUUUUUUCCACACAAGUUCCACACAACCUUGUAAUUACUUUUCAAUCAGGCAUUUAAAAAAAAUCUCCAUUCAGACUUGAUGUCACUAAUAGAGAUUUUGUGGUUUCUUUGAGCCUUGAAUAUAAAAGGAGUGGUGGCUGAGUAUUCCAGCAAAAUAAAGAUAAUAUAUCUGAAUAGUAAGGGAACUAGGAGAAGCCCAAAUCCCCCCUAGUAUCUGCAAAGGAUGGAGUGAAAAAGAAAAGAAUAAGCAACAUAUGUAGAAGUGCUUGGAAGAACUUACUGGGAGAGAAGCUUAUCAAAAAACCAUAGAUGGAUGGGCAAAGAAUGGGGAGAGAAUGAAAAGAUGAGUUAUUGCACCAUUACCCUAAGUAAAGGUACAGUGGUACAGAGCAUAAUGGCACAGAAAUGUUAUAUGGCUCCCCGGGAAGGAUAGCAAAACCACAAGAUUGGUGUUGAAUCAUCCCUGUCUCUUAAGCUCAGUAAAGUGCCAUGUUAGUCUAUGUAAGGUAGUUCUAGGUGUGAAGGCUGGAGCACUGACAAAGACUCCAAACAACCUCUAGAUGGUCUACUAUGAAUAUUUCUGUCAUUAUUUGUUAUUGUGAAAAAUAUUCAUAUUCCCUCUUACUAAAAAACAAUUAGAUCAUCUAAACAUAGGGAGGGCUUUUCUUCAACAGGGGUGGCUCGGUGGUAGAGUUGGUCGUUUCCCGAUCAGGAGGUUGGAAGUUUGAUCCUAGAGCUGUCCAUAAGCCAAAGUGUCCUUUGGCAAGACAGUUAAAGGUGGGGUAGGCAGGAUCUGUUAAAGAAGCAUCUUUAUUUGUGGUGUAUAUACAGAAAAGCUCUUAUCAGUCAAUAGCUAUUAGUUAUUGAUGACAUUUGGGAAUAUAACGAUAUCGCUGUGUUCUCUUAUGCCUGUGUAGCCAAUAUUUUAAAAGUUUUGAUAGGUACACUCAUUGCUCAUUGCUGAUUGCUGAUUGGUUGUGAGGCGGACACUGCUUCCUCAUGUUGUGAGGCACGCUCCACGUCCUUGAGUAAUGUGCAUGAGCCCAAACAAAGUUAGCGUGCUACAGUAUCGGACAGUAGAAACUGACCUGGGACCUGCUGCAUGUUGUAGCGCCGGUAAACUGUUGACCUCGGGUCCUGGAGUAUGUCACAUUAUCUUAGUUGUUGAAGUCCUGUAAACACUGUGGUUGCUGGUAGUCUGUUGGCAUCUACAGUAGCACCAAUGCUGUUUACCUUCAUGUUGACUGGGCCCCAUUUGUAAUUAUCUUAAGUAUUUAUCUGCAUUAUAUCUGAAUUUACUUGAAACGAUACGAGCAAGCAGGAGCAUCUGUUUGUGGGCGGGGCUUGCUGGAGCAGAGAGGGAGAGGAGUUGAGGAGCUGAGGGGAAAACUGGUUGGGAGGGGUAGUGUUUACAUACAAGAUUUCUCCCCAAAACUGGCACUUCCUCAGAUCCUGCCUACCCCACCUUUAACCCCAUCCACCCCUGGUGGUGUGUGAAUGGAAUUAGUGAAAAAACUACAAGGCUCUGAGUGUGGUGUGAAUCGGUGAAUGUGACAUAUAAUGAGAGUGCUUUGGGUGGUCAAAAUGUGACUCAUUUUAAAGGAAUUAUUGUGAUGUGAAGUUAAACUUUUUUAAUAUUGUGGACAUAAAGAAUGAGGAUUAACACCACAAACUUCACACUUUAAAACCAGCCUCUUGUUGUGUUCACAGAUAAAUCAGGAUGAGUGCAAACACACACACACACACACACACACACACACACACACACACACACACACACACACACACACACACACACACACACAAUCAGGAAACAGUAGAUUGUCUGUGUUGGACUAGUUUGGUCAGACUGGAUCCACCCCUCUUUAAAUGAAAAGUAAAUCCUGGCAGGACUCCUCUACUGUUUGUUGUGAUAAACAGCCAGAUGAGGAAAACAUGGACGCUAAACCCUGUGGAAAAAUCAUUAUCUUUGUCAACCUACCGUUCUCUUACUGUGACCUACUUAGUUAAGAAAAUAGCUCAGUUGGACAUAACACAGACUUUAUUCCAGGUUGCUGGAAGGGUAAAGUCUGCUUGGUGUCUUGUUGAACUGGUUGGGAAAUUUUCUUUUCACACACAGCUCCUGCAGGUAAUGUACAGACAAGCUUCAGGAUGCAAGACAUAUGGAAAGGGCUGGUUCUUAUUAUCAAUUACCGUCAAUUCAAUCAGCACGUAAAAAGUCCAAAGACUCACUGUUGAAAAUGCAAAAGAAGAUUUUAAACCAGACCUGUAUAGCCUGCCAUUUAAAAGAAAUAUGAAAUAUUUCUGAAAUGUGAUCAAGUCUUGGUGGCAAUAGUUUAGACCCUGUCAGACUAACAAACUUAGAUGUGCUUCAUCUAAGUGCUUCAUCACAUGGGCUGGGGGUGGAGUGGGGGGGCUGUUUUUAACAUGUGAAGCACUUUGUCACAUGUCCAAAUGUUUUGGACAAGGAUUUUGUUUAUGCAAACACGUGAUAGCCAUGCUUUUCAACCUUUUUAUCUUGUUUUUGUGAGGCAGGGCCAACAUAGGGCUUGGCGAUAUGGGGCUCUAUUUUCGUGUCUGCCGGUGAGGCGGCGGAGGGUGGCAGACCCCGCGCAGUGGUAUUUUCAUCUGGUGGAGCCCGGCGUACAGCCAGUUUAGUAUUUUCGUGGACUGAGGCGCACCAAGGUCCGCCAAGCUGGGUGUGGUGGCAUGGCAGAGGGAGGUGUCGACAGAAUCAGCUGCCACAGUGACGUUUUCGUGCUCGCCGGUGGCGUAUAUAGUGCGCUGAAAGCUGACCAGGUUUGAAUCUGCGACCAUUUAGUGCACUAUAUACGCCACCGGCGAGCACGAAAUGUCACUGCAGCAGCUGAUUCUGAUUCAGCGCAGCUGGUCUAGUGGUAUUUGGGUAGACCGGCAUAUCGGCAUACGUCACCGAUGCCUCACUGGCAGGUUUCCACAGUGUCAGGCACAUUUCAGUGCAAUAAAGAAUCAACAACAACUAAUAUUCUGAGUCAGCACAUACAUCUAGAUCUAUUUAGAUAUAUUCUGAUCUAUAUCUGAUCUGAUGAGCGCGUUUGGACACACAACCUGACCGAAUUAACACAGCUGAAACCGCAUUAAAUUAAAUUAAAUAUCUAGUAAAUAGACACACAUGAUGAAGUUAACAAGAUAUGUAAUUCGUCUCCCUCCCUUUCUUUCUCCCUCUUCCUCUUAUUUCUCGCACAGCUCGACCUGGACACGUCUCCGUGUCCUCUCUCCGUCCUGCUGCAGCGGCUGAACAGAUGAUUUGUUUCUGUGAGCAGAUGAGUUAUUUACUUAAAGCCUACAAAGGAAUAUUAUAAUAUUCAGUUUUGUGAGCCAAAUUUAUUUUAUAUGCCAACAUCUAUGAAAGAAAGAGCCACGCCACGGAGCGCGAUGCGUCAUUUACGCACAGAUGGUUCCGAUUUUAAUUCCAUUAUUGGAAUUUAUGAUGUGAUCUCUGCGUACAACCCACUUUUGUCACGUGAGGUUUGAAUAUCUGCAACUUUAUGUGAGUGUCUUUAUUUGCGGAAAGGGUGUUUGUCUUACUAGUGGGUCCAACAUUACACACACCAAAUCCCUCUGUGCUCAUAUGAGAGAGUGUGGAGGACGCCCUCUGCAGUGUUUACAGCGACACUUGUUGAGGAGCUGCCUUCUGUUACCAUCAUGUGGCAUUACUGUCUUCAGACAUCUCUUGAUCUCUUUGACCACUUCACGAAAAUAGUAAUACCCCCGCUGGUGGCGGAUUUUAAGGCGAGGACAGGUCUCAGCUGUGUUAAACCCACUCCACGCCCUCUCUCCUCCCUCCCUACAGCGCCGCUCACCAAAAUACCAAACUGUGCUUGGGAACGCCUUGGCGGCGGGGCGGACCUGACUUACGCCGCGCCUGCGCCACAUCUCUGGCGAAGCACGAAAAUAGAGCCCAUGGUCUCAAACUAAAAUCUGUAAUAAAUAAGAAAAACUCAGUUAGCAGUUUCAUCAACUUUUAUUCUCCUCCUAAUAAUAAAACUACAAAUAACAACGACAUCACUGUAAACACUCACUACAUUUACAUUUACAUGCACAGUUAAGUCGAGCUGUGAUUAUAGCUCAAUUGAUGAGACUGAGGCCUUGUACACACGUAGCUGGGUACUUUUAUAAACGAAUAUCCAACGCCUUCAGUUUUAAAUAAAGUCACAUACACACAUCAUCGUUUUCAAAUAAAAUACCAUCCACACAAAACCACAAAAAUGUGCUAUUGACUGUGGUUAUAAUCAUGCCAGGCUGGAGUUGGUAGUAUUUGCAAAAAAGUUAGUCCCAUUCUAUCCAAUCAGAGUAAGCUUCCCCUGCAAAGCACUCCUUCCCCUUUGCUCCUCACAAAAAUAUUUAUUCUGUAUAUAUCUGUGCCGUCCACUGCCUGACAUAAACAAGGACGUAUAGUAUAUGAUGUUCGUUUUCCAAAAUCUUCACUUUGGCCGAGUUUUCCAAAAGCGUCGUUUCUAAUGACAUAAUCCUGCAGUUUCAUGUAGAUGGCAGGCCAAAACGUGUAAAAAUAUAUUUGUUUUAGCAAAUACCUGCCAAGGUCCGACAAGGUGGACAAAGACUAAGCCUCUCCACUCACAAUACCAUGUUGUUGUGUGUGUUUGUCUUUGCUGAAAGUAAGCCAAGGGAGAACUAUGGGGUGUGAAAGACAGGUGGAAAUGAAUUAUUAAUUUUCACUUUUGUAAAACCACAAAUGUGGAUUCACAGAUGUCAUCGAUUUAUCACACAGCCCUACAACAACAUAAUCAUAAUGUAGACAUUAUUACCAGAUAGUCAUAGUGAAUAUAGUUUGAAUUUACAUUUAACGCAUGUUUAGCAAGUCAUACAUUGUCUUCACCGUCUUUUAAAAAUCAAUACUAUAGACUAGUACUGUAGACAACCUUUAUACUGUAUGAUGGUUGGUUAGCUUUGAAAAAAGAUGUCAGUACAAUCUUUUGGGUGACUUCAUUUGGAUUAAGAAACAAAGAGGCUACAGCUGUGAAAAGGCAACAGCAGUUUGUUUGCAGUGAAAAAAAAGGCUAUCAAAAGCAUGUUGUGUUGAGUUCCUUUAAAAAAAAACUAAAGACAGAUGUCUUGUGUCUGAGAACAAAAGACUUUGACCCACAAUCCCUCAAAAAAAAAAAAAAGAAGCCUUUUAGUUAUGGCAGUGUAUGCGCACACCCCGUGUACAGAGGUAAUGCCAUAAGCAGACACCCUGGGUUUAAACCCAGCCUGUGGCUCCUUUUUUUGCAUGUCACUCCCCUCUCUUUCUGCGGAUGUCCUGCUCUAUUCACUGCCCUUUCCUCGAAAAGAAAACCACAGAAAGCCUGAAAAAUAAAGUGUAAAUUAAAACAUAAAACAUCGCAUGUGUGCCGUACAACACCAUGCUUUUCGAACUGCACACCCAUGGAUGAUAAUAUUAGAGCAAGUUAAUUUCCCAUGAACUUUGUUUACACCAGGGCCAAUUAUCCACUGCCAAUAGGGUCAAUAGAGUCUGAUUUUGGUUGUUGAUAAUACCAGAAAACUGCUUGACUCUGAAAUACUGAGUUUUUAAAGAGCACUGUCUCCUUAAAUAUAUUUGCUCUCACAGAAUGGCUUCAGCCUGUGUGUGUGUGAGUGUGUGUGUGAGUGUGUGUGUGUGUGGGGGGGCUUUUAUCGUCAUGGUUAAUGGCUAUCUGACUUUGGCCUUGAAGUCUUUCACUGGGCAAGAAGAGAGGGAAAGAGAGAGUGAGAGGGGAAGAGGGAGGGAACAGAAGGGAAGCCCAUUCACUACAAGAGGCGGGGAAAUUGAGAACAGCCAGAACAGAGGAAGGAUGGACAGAGUGGGAGGGGGGCUGGAGGGGAAGGAAGUCUGUGAGUUUUGUGUGUGUGCCACAGAGUUUUUCAGAGAAGGAGAGGGAGAGCAGGAGUGAGGGAUGUGUGCCGCAGGGUUAGUGAAGGAUGAUAAUUCACCGUUAAGCCUCCUAGAAAGACCAGCUGGCCCCUCUGGAGUCAGAUGUCAGCCUCCACAGCCAGGACUCACUCUGCUUGAGUGUGUGUGUGUGUGUGUGUGUGUGUGUGUGUGUGUGUGUGUGUGUGUGUGUGUGUGUGUGUGUGUGUGUGUGUGUGUUUGCACUCAUGCAUGCACAUACAUGUAAGUGUGUGUUUGCUUUUUGUGUGUGCUUGAGUGUGUGCUAUCGUCAGUCAGCUUUUGACUGCUAGAAGGAAAACACCUGCAUGGGGAGCUGUAGAUUUUAUCAGUCUAAGCUCCCUAUCUCAGUGAGAGUGGGACUGGUCAGAACACACACACAUACGCUCACACGCACACACACUGACAUGAAUGCAGACAAACACAUGCACACACACCAUCUGCUUGUUGGUUAGGGCUAUUGUUGCAAGCCAUUUGGGUAGUGUGUAGAGGUUUGGCUUAGUGCUGAUCUUGACCAUCAGUUGGCCAGCUGGCCUGACUUUGGCUUUCCACUUGUUCAGGACAGAAAACAGGCCAAGGGACCAACCAAACAGAGCCACAGAACAUUACCAAGCCCCUAAAACCUUGCAAGGAAUACAAUUUAUUGUUCUUUUUUUUACAAAGAAAAAUCUUAGGAAAAUAUGACCAUGUUCCCUUUCAAAGCAGCUUGUGUGAUACAGGGCAAUUCUUUGUGUAGGAAGGAAGGAAGGAAGGAAGGAAAGAAUGAAGAGAAGAGACGAAUGAAAGAAAGAUUUUUUUGGCCAACUGAAUCUACAACGUCAGUUGAAGCGUGUUAGUCAAGGUUUUUUUUUUUUGUCAAGGUUCUAAUGCAGACAUCUAUGCCAGUUGCAGUAGGAUCUUUAAGCAAGAUUAAGUAAUAAUACUGCUAUUAAAACAAAAGCUUUGUAUGCACAGGAGGAGGUCAGUCAGCUGGUAAUAUGGUCCAGAAAAUCUGUAAUGCCGACUGCAAAAAGCUGUGUUACUGUGUGUGUUACUAAGCCGCACCAGAGACUUUGAUAGUGAAGCUAUGAUGUUUAAGGCAAAGCAAGGGAUGAUUAUCACUUUUAUUAAAAAACUGAACAACAUGGGGAGUGCACUUUAAGUGUGCCCAGCAGAUGGCAAUCACGUGUAAUAUGAUCACCAUCAUGUUGUGAUCAUAUUGUGCCGCAUUAUAAGCUGAUGUGAACUUGUUGACUCUAUCAUAUAUGAACAUUUCACUCAGUCCAAUGACUUUCACUGAAUCUGUCUCUUCCUGUACAGUACUCUUUCUUAAUUUUCCGGUUUGUUUACCAGGUUUUUAAAAUCCUAUUUUUCAAUUAAUCAUUAUUUGUGUCUAUCAAUAUUUUAUUGUAUUUACUUACUUGCUUACCCUGCCUUGUGAUACUGCACCAACCUAAUGUACCUUCCAGGGAUUAAUAUAGUAUUGUCUUAUCUCUAUUUAAAGUCUCAUAAUGAGAGUCAUUGAGUCGAAAAACAAAGUCUGUAAAUCAGAUUUGUAAGACACUGACAGCAAGUCUGGUUUCUUUCCUUUUAUCAGUUAAACAGUAUUAUCCAUGACAGAAAACUAUAUAUAGUCUUUUUGAUUGUAUAACAUAGCAUUUCAUAUUGAGGGGAAAAAGCAUGAAUGCAGUAGAGUGCUAUUUUCUAUAUGACCAUGCAAUAUAUCAUUGAAGUCAGUUGUCCACAUUGAUUCUGGUUAAUAUUGUCUGAGGACAUUUGAACUGAAUAAAAAACAAAGAGGAUUUCUGCUUCUUUUUGAAAAUACAGGAUGAAAUAUACAUCAGCAUGUAGCUAAUUAAUACAAUACACAACCAACCGAUUUACAACUAAACAUUACUUAAUUCAUUAUGGCAAGAUUUCCACAGACAGCUGAGGUAUGCCACUCAAAAUCAAAUGUAGACAAGACUUCUAAGAGGAUGCCAUUAUCAUAACUUAAUGACCCGAGGAAUGUAGUGUUUACAUGUUGGGGAUAGCAGUAAAUAGAGUACAUGGGAAAAGGAUUCACACUUUUGAGACGCACUUAUUUGUAGCUUAUUUGUUGGAGGGAUGCUCUGCAAACACUGACAGGUCAAAAUUGGUCAGCUAAGUAGAUUCACAGCAGUCAGGAGGAGUGCUACCACAUUCACGUGAUUGAAUGUCUUUCCAGAUUGCCCUUAGCAGUAUGGUGACAACGUUAAUGUAUUAUCCAACUCGUCAAGGUCAUAGACUGUAUAUACUAUGAACAACUUGGCUCCGCCUCUGCCUCAUUAUUCAAAUUAGAAGCCAAAUUGCUCUCGGUAUUUACAGGAUUUUCUCCAGUUCCUGGAACCACCACUUGCACAGUAGCAUUGAACGGGUUUGGUGGGAGAGUUGCUGGGAUGACACUCUCCUCAAACAGCGUUUCCCCCCUGGGUGAGCUACGUAAACUUUGUACGCCCAUAGGCUGUAUCAGGUGUCAAUCAUAGAAAACAUGAACCCCCUAAUAACUUUUAAAAAUGGAGCUGCACAGAAAAAAGAGGACUUGAGCACAAACCAGUCUUACAAUAACUACAUGUCAACAUCACAACCAGGGGGGAGAAAAAAUUAUAUUCUGUGUAACUGAUUUGUAAAGUUUGACCACAGCUCCAUAAUGAUUGCUGGAGGAGGCGGAAUUUAUGACCGAUACUGCAGCCUGCCACCAGAGGGUGCUGUUCUUGCAGUAGCAGCAGGGAGGCAGACGUUGUCCAUUCUAUAUACAGUCAAUAGUCAAGAUCUAUGCUCAUAAGGGCCCAAAGUGCAAAACUUGCAGUUCCUUGGAUCCCAUAGUUAAAUAUCUGCUUCUGCAGUUUUAUUAUUCAUCGUGUGUGCUGUACAGGGGAAGCAUUUUUAUGGCACAUGCAAGAAAAUUUAAAGGGUAAUAUUUAUGAGGGAAUUUGCUGAGUUGACAAACGGGUGCGAUGUGGUGAAGCUGUUUAACAGUAGGCCUGUCUCAUCUCUACCGUUUUACCUUUUUCUAGGUUAAUUCAAAGUUAAGUUGAGUAAACCCUUUCAAUAUGGCAACAGCUAUUGUUAGGAUGCACAAGAACCUUUCAGAAACACACAGAUACUAUGCCCCUGAUCUGUACAAUGUAUGAAAAGUACGAGUCCAAGUGUAGAGCUAAAACAAAUCAUUAUUAUAUCAUAUUUUAUUAUGUCAUAUUGACUCUAAAAGAAUACUGAACUUAAAAUCAACAACAUUGGCUAUGAAUAUCAAGUGCACAGCUGCAUAAACUUAAUGUUUAAACACGAACAAAUGACACACUUCCUUACAGGUUUUCUCCACUCUUUGGUUUUCUACUUCUUUUCUCUUAUUCUCUCUCCUUUUGCUUCGCUAAUCUAUACUAGCCAGGUCAUGCUGAGUCUGCUGUGCUCUCCAUUGAAUGGGUUGAAUUAUUCAGCAUUGUGUAUGUGCGUGUGUGUGUGCAUGUGUGUGUAUGUGCUUGUGCCUUUGUGAGCACAUACAAGCAUGGGUACAGCUGGCCUGCUGGUUCCUUUAAUCAGGGGACGACCAGUCUGCAUGAAUGCCUGUAUUGUUGGGUCAUGUGUAUUCAGCCAUUCUGCCAUAGCGUGUGUGUGUGUGUGUGUGUGUGUGUGUGUGUGUGUGUGUGUGUGUGUGUGUAGAGGGCUCAACAGGGUUAACAGUGAUUACAGCGCAACUGUGUAAAACUGCACGGCACAGGGGCACUGGGACAACAGCGGUAAAUCAGGCACUAAGUUGUUUGUUACGGUCAUAAGAUUGCACGCCGUUGUUGUCUGUAAGACAGUUAACACAGACAGUUCAAAUUGAGUUAAACAGAUAUGUGUGCACUGUAUUUGUGUUUGAAAGAAAGCUAUUUAUGCCAUCUUCUCCCUGCAGGUCGAAAUGAACUCAUAGCCAGAUACAUCAAACUGCGAACAGGCAAGACACGGACAAGGAAACAGGUAAUGAUGGGAGUCGACAUUAGAUUCAAUCACACUGUCCACAGUAGAAACCACAGCAUAUCACAAAUACAGAAUUAUAAGGAAAAUGGUGCAGCGACAAAAAAUGCUUGCAAUGCAAAACUGUAAUACCAGUGGUUAAAUGUGAAGAAAAUACAAAGCAAUUAAAGCUGGGCAUGUUCAGUAUCUGCUAAAAAAAAAAGUGUAUUUCCCCAACACAAAAAAAGGCAUCCAGUGUUUUACAGUGUCAUAAGUGUUCUGUUUAUAAGUUCAGUCUUGAAUUUUACACUUAAAGGUAGUCUUGAUAUUUAGGUUUUAACUAAAUUGUCUUUUUAAAGAAUGAUGUUAGCACAUCCCACAUUUGAAUCCAGGUCUUAUCAUCAUUCUGAUUAAAGCCUUACUAAGGGUGUAUUGUUCUGUGUUGUUUUUAUGAUAUUGCAGCAACAACUUUAGCUAAAAUGCAACACAAGCUUUCAUCAGUAUCCCACAGUUGAAUGCUUUUCUACACCGUUAUUAAAGCCUGGAUUUCCAUCACUUUAGAUUUGGAUGUAAAACAGCACAAGCUUAUUUUGAAAUUAAAGGGCUUUGUACAGGUCUUGCCUCUAAGGUAGCUGUUGUGUCAUUAGCUUAAUCCAGAUCAGAUUUUUUGGGCUGUAAUUUACCAUCUUACAUAAACUUUUAAAAAUUAUUUUGACAGAGCACAAAAGGAUGUCCUCUGUAUGAAAUGUAAUCUUAGUGUUUAGCUCUUGCCCCCCAGAUAUCCGGUGGGUCUUUUAAAAGAUGUGCAAAGAUGUGUUUAUUCACUGUUGUCAGGGGUUUUUGAGUGUGUGUGUGUGUGUGUGUGUGUGUGUGUGUGUGUGUGUGUGUGUGUGUGUGUGUGUGUGUGUGUGUACCCUCCCAAUGUGGCAAUCGUCCUUUCAUAACCAUGGCAACUCACUGUUUGGUCCUUUCUACUCUUUUUUUUCUACAAUCCAACCCCCCUCGGUGUCACCCUCCCCUUUUCUUUCUUCUAUUCCUCUCCUUCUCUCCUUUCCUCUUGUUCUCUUCUCUCCUUUCUUCCAGGUAUCCAGUCAUAUUCAAGUUUUAGCCAGAAGAAAAUCACGGGAGUUUCAAUCCAAACUAAAGGUAAGGUAGGGGUCGGAUGUGAGAUUAUCAUUAACAAUCAUGUGCGCACAAUAAAAUCUUGAAGGUGAACGAUGUGUUUUGGUGAUUCUGUGUGUUUUUAUACUGGAGUUUGGUUAAACGCAGCUGUGUAGUGAUGAUUAAACACUGAUGACUGUCAUGUAUGGACAGGCAGCAAAGGCGCCACCUACAGAAAAGAAACUACUACUGCCUUGUAUGUACCAAUAACAAUCAGACUUCAGUGUUUGUCCCAGCUUUUUCACUUACACUAGGGUUGGAUGGAUUCUUAAUAGAAUGGUUCCAGGGUUUCAGGUGUCUAAAUAAUCUAGGUAGAUUUUCUUAUGCAGUCAUAUAUUACAAAAAAUCUACAAUUUGGCCUAAAUCGCCUCUUGACAUGAUUUAGAGAUGAUUUAGGCCGAAAUCUCAUUUUCGUUAAACAAUGACUUAAGCCAUUAUUUUAGUAGGGUGACGACGUUUAUGUUUUUGUCCAUUUCAACUAAAGAUUUUUUUUUCAUGUAAUCCCAUCCGUCUGUACAUUUAUCUCCCCAGCAAGGACAAACACAGACUUUUCGAUCAAAAUUGUGAACCCUUAAUUUCUCACAGCCAAGGUUUACAUUUUAGUGCCUUACAUUAAACUACAGACACACUGGUGGACUUUUACACACAGAGACGAGACUUUGACAGGUGGAAAAUAAAACAUAUUGACAUGCGAGCUUCAUUGUGCAACAAAGUAUGAUGUCCUAACGUUUGCUUACCUGGGAUUUGAAUGAUAUCUGAUCAGCUUGUCAAGUGUAUUAUGAUAACGAUGAAGUUGGUUAUGUGAUUAUCUAUUGCUGUGCAGGACCAAAGUGCUAAGGAGAAGGCAUUUCAGAGCAUCUCCUCCAUGUCCUCUGCUCAGAUUGUUUCAGCAACAGCCAUACACAACAAGCUUCUGCCUGGAAUAGUCCGGGCCAGCUUCCCCAGCAAUGCACAGGUAAUGCACAAGCACACACACACACACACACACACACACACACACACACACACACACACACACACACACACACACACACACACACACACACACACACACACACACACACACACACACACACAAUAUGAAUAUGUUUUUUUCAUCAGAUGUGCUAAGAAUCUGGUUCAGGUUUGUGAAUGUGAAUAGUGUUAUUUUAUUAUUUGGACUUUUGUCUUUAUUUUGAUAGAACAGCUUGAGAGAGACAGAGAUAGAGAGAGAGUGAGAGAAUGACAUGCACUAAAUCAUAUUAGGAUUUGGAACGGAUCGUAUGACCAGUACAAAAGGGACUGUAGCCUCUGCACAUGGGGUGUCUUUUCUACUACAUGCUCAAGUGGUGCCCCUUAUGAAUAACAAUGAAGUGAUAUCUAACACCGUGGUGGUCAGAAUAUCUUUAUUGUCAUUGUACAAAGUACAACGAAAUAUAGGCAGAAGCUCUCAGAUUUGGUGCUAUUUUAAGAAUAGAUUUAAAAACAAAAACAACAAGGUACACAUAUAUUGGACCUAUGCUAUCCGUAUAACAGAAAAGGCACAUAUUGUAUUUUCAUUCAUACAUUCAAGUCUCAGUCCUGGCAUGUGUACAUUUUUUCAGCUCUGGCAGGGAAUGAUACCCGGAGGACAGUCCAGCUCCACCACAGAAGAGUAAGUCUUACUUACUUUACACUCCCGUGUUAAGCUAAGGUGUACAUGGUAUGUCUAUGUCUAUGUCAGUGGUAGGCUGGCUACUCAUUUCUUCUAUUUCUUAAAAAAAAAGGUCAGUCAGUUUAUCUCAGGUCAGAAAUUAAAAGUGCCACCCAACCACUGAGCUUGUUGGUAAUGUAUUUUUUUUAACUUGUUUAAUACCAAAGUAAAUAUGUAAAGAAAGCAUUUAUGUCAUGCUUAAAGGGCUAUUCCUGUGAAAACUGAAGUUAGGGUCAAUCACACAGAAACACAGAAUUAGACAUCCCUUCAACAACUCACCCACUCUCCUCCAGCAGCCGCUUGUUUGUGGGGGGAACCCUGACAAGUUGAUCACCAAGUGCAGAGGAGUUUCACAGCUCAAUGAAGAACAUUUAUGAUUAUUACUUCAUGGAAAUGCAAUUAGAUGGAGGCGCUUUUUGGUUGAGGUUUGUGCAUCGAAACAUAGACCGCUGAGUAUUGCUAUCAUGUGGUCGUUACUGAAAUUGGUAUAACUGGAGAAGCAACUAACUCAGUGUUACGGUGUGUUUGACCAUGACUUAAUUUUACGCCGGAAUAUCCCUUUAAGGAACAAACCUCACAUCCAUUUGUGAGCAUCUACUCAGUGAAAAAAUAUCACUUUCAACCCCACUCUAUUAGACGCUCGGGGCACCAUCAUACUCAAAUAUGAUGAUCUCUUGUGGUGAUCUGACACAAGGACCAUUUCAGUCCUAAGGUAACAGAGACUCACAAGGUUUCACACUUUAAUAAAAGGUGUAAUUGAGAACAAAAUUAAACUGGUACACGGCUGUUGGUUAGCGUGCAUGACAGCUUGUUCUAGCCACACAUGGAAAUUUUCUUACGUAACCUUUUGGAGGUAGUGGAAAUUUCCCAUGAGUAAUAUAUCUCUGAAUUAAUACUUAUUUUGGUUGUACAUACUCUAUAUCAAUUAGGUGAAAUCAAGUAAAUUAACCAUUAAUUUCACAUAUGUUCAGAUGCUCAGUGUUUGCAAUAUUUAUUGCUCAAUUUUUGCUUAUGAUUACCCGAGAGUUAAGAGUUUAAAAAUAUACAGACUUGGAUUCAAAGACCUACCAGCCUGCUGUUUCUAUAGCUUACUCUGUUUCUUGUUCACAUGUGUGGUGAAGUCAAGUUCACUGUCAGGGGAUGUUACAUGACCAUUUUAUGAUGACUUAAUGGAAGUCAAUGGGGCUGAUAUAACUUUUACUGAACUCAGAGACCCUUUUGACCUUGAUACUCCUGCUAGUCUUCACACAUGACAUUGAACAGAGUUUUUCUGUAUAAUGUGAGUACAAUGUGACUGGCCCCACUGUGUCUCUUUUUCUUUCAGCCUUUUCAAUGUUCUCCUGUCAAUGUUUUUGUGUCUCUGUUUCUCUCAGUAUCAAGCCGUUCUCUCAGCAAGCUUACCCUGUGCAGACAGCAGGGACCACCACACUCUCAGGUGAGCUCAACCACAGUGCAAUUACCUUCUUUUUGUAAAGCCAAUAGGUAGUUUUCUCUCUUGCCAUUAGGCCACUGACUCUCUACAGGGUAGUUCAUCACUCUGUCUGGGCCCCCAUGUCUCCUGUACACUUUGGGUUUUGUCUGUGAAAGGGUAAAAAGAAGGGAGUCUGACCUAUCUUACAUCAUUUGUGAUAUGUGAUUGACUUACUCCUUUGCGUACAACUUGUACCGAAGUACUGUGUACUUACUUGUGUACUGUGCACAAGAUGUCAUGCUAUACAAGUAGUCCAUAAUUUAGUACUAUUUAACCUGAUGUAUUAAACCAGCACAGAGGAGAAACUCAGUAUGAUACCUCAGGAUGGUAGCUUUUGCUCAGUUCCUCUGAUGUUUCACUUAAAGAUCACUCUCUUUGAGUUUCUAUGUUUAUCUCAUCUUGGGUAAUAAGUGCAGUGCUCAUGUAAUAUAUAUAUAUAUAUAUAUAUAUAUAUAUAUUAUUGCACUGUAAGUGUUCUUAACCAGAACACUUACAGUGCAAAAAUUAGUUUCAACAAAACAUGGAAAAAAAAUCACUUUUCUGGAGAAAAAGUAUGACUCCUUUAGGGAGUUUAUCCACAAAAUAACAGGCAGCAGGACAUAGCCAUUACUUUUAUUAAAGCUCCUGUGAGGAGUUUUUUUAUGUUUGUGACACUGGCUGAAACUCAAAUUGAUACCUUUUUAAAGUAUACAAAAACAAACAAGCCCAUCAGUGACAAGAUUGAAUAUUUUUAUGCUUUAAUUUUCAAUGCUUUUAAUUGCUGCGAUGGGGUUAAUACACCAAACUACCUUAAAGCAAACUUUUGCAGUGAGGGAUAAAUUGCACUGCAAUAAGUCAAAAGGAGGAUUUUUGUCAACUAACAACUUACAUUUGGAUAAGAAUCAGCACCAGUAAAAGGUUUACCGCUUUGUUUACAGGGGGUGCCAGGAUCAACACACAGAAAGUUCCCAACAGGAGCUUUUCUUUGCUUGUAGAGCAAUUAAUGAAACCCUCUCAGUCAGUUGUUCAUUUUGCCCAUGGCAACUAGUGACAGCUGUAAGUUACAACAACACAAAACUACCAAGAUAGGGAAGGGUUUUGUGAAAAAAAGGAACUAUCUUUGAAUUUUUACAGUGUCUGCCUUAUGCUGGGUUUACACCAAACGAUUUUCACAGUCCCGGACUAAAAGUGUCAAGUGAAUCUAGGAGUUUUACUGGAGUCACAGUGGAGUCACAGCGUGCUCACGUUAUCCCAAUCGUUAAGUUUAAGGUGGUAAUCUGUGCUGUUUUGUAUCAGUCCUUUUCUAGUCUUGGGUUGGGUCUUGGGUAAAUAAAAUCCGCCACACCCCAGCAAUGUUUUUUCACACGUCUCGUUGUAGUCUUGUAAAUAGUGGCCCUGCAAGAUUCACAGUCUUCAUCAAAUCUCAGUCUGAGACUGGGCUGUGAUAAAAACUCAACACUUGUCUUUAGAUGUGAGCAGGUGUGAGCUGAUCAUUUUUCCAGGAGUCUCUUCCAAAGUCUCAAAGUCCUCUGGUGGAUAGCUGGCCUUAUUGUGACCUCUCCACAUCAGUUGUAGUCCCCUGCUUGUUAAUGCUGCAUCCUGGGUUUAUCCAAGCCUUGUAAAUGAGACUCCACUAACAGCAUAUACUGUAUUUUAGACAUUUCUAGCAAAGAAUGAUGAGGACAUUCUUGUGAAGGCUGUUUUGUUGCACAUGUUUGAAGCUCUGAACUGGUGUUAAACAUACUGUGUUUGUGUUUGUCUUUGUUGUCAAGGCUAUGAGCCUUCUGCUGCAGCCCAAACACACAGAGAGCCAGCAUGGCAGGGUCGCUCUAUCGGCACCACCAAACUACGACUGGUGGAGUUUUCCUCUUUUCUGGAGACGCAGAGGGACCAGGAGUCGGUCAGUAUAGCUUACAGAAGCUCAUACACAUGCAGACACUCAUGUACAGAGCCCCAGACUGCAGCAAGCUUCAUUGUUCGGUAAACGCAGAUGACAGAUAACCUUACAGAAGAGAACUGUGAAGCCUUUUCUGUGUAUCCUAGUAAGACUGACCUUUGUGAAGCUCUAUCUCUCCAUCCACUCAGUCUAUCUGUCAUCCCACCACAAUAUUGAAUCACUAUCAUUUUUCUACCUUGGGCUCACAGACAGCUGCCAUUCAUCUUGUUGGUUUCUGUUUGGACAGCUCAAAACCUCAAACUUUUGAUGUUGGCUGUGGAACAGACUCCUUAAAUUACCUUCAUGACUUAAGCAUUUCUGCAAUUAUGGUCAUGCAGAUAAAAUUUCAUAAGAAUAAAAAUGUGUCAUUAAUAAGAAGACUAUGACGCUGCAUUUUAGUUAUAACUUCCUAAAUAAAGAGGCAAUAUAGCUAUAGAUGUACAAUUUUGUUACCUGCUUAGCACCUGGAUUGUAAAAUAGUCCAGUGGAUAUAAAUAGAUUACAAUAAUUCAACAUAGUCAUGUGAAUUACAAAAGUGUGGUUUCAAACAAGGAAGUACAUAUGAGAAAACUGAGCAGACAGGUCAUAAAUUGUUGUCAAAUAAGGUAUGAAAAUGCAAGAAAUUAAGUUUUAUUCUAUAAUAUCCGAAGAAGAAUCUUAAUAUUCAAGAAUCUCCUGUGGAGUUUUGAUUUUUGUGAGCUGGAAGCUGUUGCCAUCAAAAUUCAAACCAAAUAGUCUUGAAAUAUUUCCCUUUGUAUGUGCUGAGGUGAGGCCAAAGACUGUAUAUAGAAUGGAUGCUGUCUGCCUCCUCGCUGGGUGGGGGUGGGGGGUAGACAUUUUUGGGGUAGUUUGGAGGUCAUAUGUUUGUGCAGUGCAAAAUUGCUGCUUUAUGCUUCUUACUUUUUUUUAUCCUUUGCUGAUCACAUCUUUGCUUGCUCCUUUCCUCAUGCAGUACAACAAGCACUUGUUUGUGCACAUCAGCCAGAGCAACCCAAGCUAUAGUGACCCUCUGCUGGAGUGUGUGGACAUCAGGCAGAUCUAUGACAAGUUCCCAGAGAAGAAAGGUGGCCUUAAGGAGCUUUUUGGCAAGGGACCUCAAAACGCGUUCUACCUAAUCAAGUUCUGGGUGAGCACAUGAACAAUCAAGAGUUUGAUUUUUAUUUCAUUUCUCCAGACAUUGUUCUGAAUAAGCUGAGGGGUCAGAGAGUCUGAAAUGUUCCCAUUUUCAGGCUUUCUCAACCAGAACAGUUGUUUUUUCUUACAAUUCUUUUGGCUAUCACUGUCAAGGGUAAGCACCCACCUCAAUAUUUUUCCUGUAUUUUUCCACCCAGUGCCAUGCCUUUGACUGCUUACGUGUGCAUGUUUGUGUGUUUGUGUUCUGUCCUUCCACCUGGGAUGGAGGUAGUGGUUUGAUGAAAGCACCAUCACUUUGUUUGAACACCUGCUCACCUCCUGACUUGCAGGUUGCUCUGUCUUCACCUGUGUGUGUGUGUGUGUGUGUGUGUGUGUGUGUGUGUGUGUGUGUGUGUGUGUGUGUGUGUGUGUGUGUGUGUGUGUGUGUGUGUGUGUGUGUGUCUAUUUGUCAUCAAAUCGUUCUGUCUGAAGGCCUUAAUAUGCCGAAGAAGUCUAAAAAAUCCUGGCAACAGGAAUGAGUAACAUUAGGUUUUUUUUUUUCAAAGAGUAGAUGCUCACAAGGGAUGACAAGUUUGUUCCUUAAAGGGAUAUUCCAGCAUAAACUUAAGUUAUGGUCAAACACAUUGUCACACCGAGUUAGACACACCCUUAAAGGAGGUGAAUGUUGCCGACUGCUUACUUCUCUAGUUACACCAACUUAAGUAACGACUACAUGACAGCAGUACACAGCAGUCUACAUCUUCACACACAAACCUCAACCAAAAAGCUGCUCUAUAGCCACAAAAAAUGCUCAGAAUGGCACCUAACUUCAUCAACGGUUCACACAGGGUCCCAGCCAUAGUUCUAGCCAUCAAACAUCUUUUUAGCUUUGUCUGAUUUCUUUAGCAAAGAGACUAAACACAACUCACCCACUCUCCUUCAGCUGCUGCUUGUUUGUGGGGGAUAAUCAAAUGGAUUAUUUCCAUUUACCCCCUUUUAUUUGCUGUUUUCUAACAUCACUGUUUAGAGGUGGGUUUAACCGAUAUUGGGGCCUACAUGUAACUGACAGUAGCUGUAAGGUGUUGACUAUGGAGUCAUGCAGAGGAUGACAGAAGCCUGCAGGCCUGUUAAGUAAAGUAUAUAGUAAUAGUAACAGUAAUAUUAGGUGCUUGUUGCAUCAAAACAGAGGUGUGGGUGGGUGUACCACUGAAAAAGGUUUCCUCUGGAUUUCAUAAAACAGCUUUAUGGUUCAUCACAAUGGAGCAUAUUUCUGAUAACCGAAUACUGUAACAUGGAUUAUAGUUCGGAGUGUGUGUAUGUGUGUGUGUCGUGAUACAGCAGUGGGUGUUAGCACGUGUAUCUGAGUGUGCAAUCUCAGCAAUAAGAUGCAUUGCUCCACAGAGAACUCAUUACAAACAGUACAAACCCUGUUUUGUCUGCCAGGUGCAGCAUCUCAGUGCUCUGAUUAAGGAACUGCAGAAACACAAAGUUUGAGCACAACGUUGUGUUUUAUCCUACAGUACCCUUCAGAUUUUUUUAAACUAUAAAACAGCAUAACAGUAUUUGUAUGCAUUCAUGGAAAAAAUGGUUUGAAAACAAAAAGGUAUGAAUAAAAUAGAAAUGAUACAGUUUCAGUUGUGCCAAAAAUGCCAGGUUCAAGAUGAGGAAACAUCCAUAUGAAGAAAGUCUUUCUGUCCAUUAUCUGAAUUGUGAAUCCUCUCUUUUCCUCAUGCUACAGACUGUGCAGGUCAAGCAGGAUAUGACUCAGUGACUGAGCUGCCAGAAGAGGGCACUGCUGACUUAUUUUGAUUCCAGAGCAGAUGGUUCCUGUGUGAUUGGGCCUUCUUGUUUAUGUACCUAAUAACAUUGUUUUUGUUUGUCCUCCUCUUUUGUUAGGCGGACCUGAAUCAUAACAUGCAGGAUGAUCCUGCAGCCUUCUAUGGUGUCACCAGCCAGUAUGAGAGCUCAGAGAACAUGACCAUUACCUGCUCCACUAAGGUUUGCUCUUUUGGCAAACAGGUGGUGGAAAAAGUCGAGGUGAGGAUGAAUUCCUCCUAGAUCUUUUCAUGGUCAUUCUUGUCUUCUCAAUCGUAGUGUUGAAGAGUAAGAUUUACAAAAAAUAGUGGUCAGAAUGUGUGCAGAAAGACUUAACAAAGACCAUUUCAUUGAUGUGAUGGUAACUGAUUUUUCUUCCUCUAUCAGACGGAGUAUGGGAGGUUUGAAAAUGGGCGCUUUGUGUACAGAAUCAGUCGCUCUCCAAUGUGUGAAUAUAUGAUCAACUUCAUCCACAAGCUUAAACAUCUGCCUGAAAAGUACAUGAUGAACAGCGUGCUGGAGAACUUCACUAUUUUGUUGGUGAGGACACACCACUAUUAACAUUAUGUGCUGCUGUAAAAUGGCCAUUUUUUAACACACUUCUGACCCCUAAUGUUUUUAUUUGUGUAUGUUUGUGUUUGUGUUCAGGUUGUGAGCAAUAGAGAUACUCAGGAGACCUUGCUCUGUAUGGCAUGUGUGUUCGAGGUGUCCAACAACGAGCAUGGAGCACAGCACCACAUCUAUCGACUUGUCAAAGAAUAACACACUCACACACAUACGGUCUGAUUUAUGUUAACAUUAGAGGUAAAAUGUUUAAAAAAAAACUGUAUUCGACAGUAGUGUCUUUCUGCCAAACAACUGAACUUAAAAAUGAUCACAGGUCCUCAAUAAAAGCAUUUCAAUUCAGUCAAAAUAACUGCUGCCUAAAUAUCAGAUGCACAAUUAAAAAAUAGAAAGAAAGAAAAAGCACAGAGGUGGUCAUCAGAACCAUGUGGGAUACUGUCCCAGCAGCCUGACUGAGAUAUCAGCAGGAGAUUUCAUGAAUCCUGCUUGUUUGUUUCUCCUUCAUUUUCUCCUGGUGAAUUCUUGUUCUGCUCCCUAGAGGUCAGAUACCAACCCAAUAUUUCUGUCAUGUGCUGUAGAGAAACUCAAACCAGGAGAAAUGACAAUCCCACAUUUUCCUCUCCUUUGACAAAGCAUGUGAUCUGCAGAGAUACUGGCGGACACUCAAGGUCAGACCCUGUGUAUUGUCAAUAACCAGAGAAAAAAGAAAUCACUUCUGCAUUAUAAUACAGAACAAUAUAAGGGCGGUUUGUACAGACAGCAUCUGCAAAAUUGUGUGAGCUGCAUUCUUGCACAAAAAAUAAUUUGAUCCAAAGAAAAGAAAGAAAAUUUUUACCUUUUUGUAUUUUUUCCUUUAAAAAAAGAAUAGCUUCUUUUGGCAAAAUUGUGUAUGGAUAGUAGUUCAUAGUCUGUAUUUUAAUUCCAGAAACAAUAUCUGAAAUUUACGUUAUAUAAUAGUAUCAUGAAAUUCAACUAUUCAGGUACCUUUUUGUGCUAAAAUGACUUUUUAUCAAGAUUUUAUAAAUAUAUUAGCCAGUUAAACCUAUAUAUGUAAAAUUCUCAGACUCAGUAGGUUCAUAUUAAAAGCACUGGCCCUAAGGACAGAUGUAUUCGGCUUUAUUGGACUGCUUUGUAAAAAAUAACCCAACCCUAUUUAUAUCAGUGUGAUACUUUUGACAAAAGUCAGCAACAAGAGAAGCCAUGAAACAGUUAUUGAAUGCAGCUGUGAUUCUAAUGUUAGUUAGCAUACCGUUACAGGCUAAGCUAACACACCAAUCCAGGAAUGAGUCCAGGAAAUGAUGAGAAUUAUAAUGUAACAUAGGAAAUCUACUAUGUAAUGUGUUUUUCUGGGUAGUACAAGUUCUUCACAAGUUCUUACUUGAGCUUCAAUCUAGCCAUAGGCCUACUGUCAGAUAUUGUCAAACUGUUCCACUGUUUGGUUUUGACUUGAAAAGACUUUGCAUCGUCUAAGAUACAAUUCCUUUUGAUCAGUCCUGGACUGGCAUCUUUGAGUUACACAUUAAAAUGCCUCGAUUAAAGUAAUUUAUGAAUCAAUAACCAAAAAUUGCCUAAUUAAAUUGUAGCAGGUAAUACAAUGGUGAUUUGCCUGUACUAUGUUCAUGAGCAUAAAGUGCCUUUGGUUGAGAAUAAGAGUUGAAAUUUCUAAUCUGUUUCAUUUCUGAACUUCUAAUUUGGUGUUGAUGGUGGUGUACAGAAAGGCUUUUAAGCCAAUGUUGUCCCUGUGUUUUUUUCUGAGGGCUGAUUGUCCAAAUUCUUUAUUUAAUGGCUGUUAUUUCUUACUUGAGGUCCGUCACCGCCGAAUCUUCUUAUCAUGUGCACAUGUUUAUGUGAGGUAUGUAAAUUUGAUCAGAAACAGCUCACAAGUUGCUUUUAUUUGGCAACUUAACUUUUCACAGAAAAAACAAUCCUAAUUUGUGAUCCUCAGAUUCUUGCUUUAAAAUCUGUUCAAUAAAUCAGGUUAUAAGUAGGCUAUAAUAUAGUUCCUUACGUACUGGUGAUGUUUUAUUUGUGAGCCUCAUAGAAAUGCUGAUACAAAGGAAAAAUCUUGUUUUUCAUCUUGCUGUAAUUGAAAUGAGAUGACUGAUGCCAUUCUUGUGCCUGUGUGUCUAGUUUGAAGCUGGAGACAAUUAGCUUAACUGAGCUGAUGCUACAGAGCUCAAACUGGGAGUCUGGUCAACUUUCUCUUUUUAUAUCCAAUGUAUUUCCCCUCCCCAACCCCACCCUACCCCACCCCACCCCAUCACAUCUUGAACUCAGUUUUCAACCCAAACAACAAACACAUUUUUAUUUCUCAGGUGCCUGUCAGCAGUGCUCUGAGGUGUCUGCGGAAGACACUUUGUGUUGAUAGCAACUUUUCUAAACUUGAUCUGAAAUGAACGAUCUUACAUUGUACGCAACUUUAAAAUAUCUGGUCUUUGCAGGAAAAUAUUUGGUUUAUGAGCAGUUAAAUACCUGUAGUUGAACACAAUGGUGCACCGUUUUACAAAAGAAGACCUUUUUAACCACUGAAAUGCACAAACUAAUUCAAUUUAAGACAGAACUAUCUUGGACACCAAGUUCAAAAGACAGAGUGUUGAAUUUGACCUUAGCAGAUAUAUAUUGCGGAUCUGGUUUGGUAUAAUGGUAAAGUCCUGUGUCAGAAUGUGCAAAAUGCUUGUUAAGCUUCACAGAAAGUCAGCUGUAGGGUUUUGUUGUUUAAUGUCUAUUCACCAUAACCAAUUAGUGAAUAUGCUCGUAACUAUAAAGCAGUGUAUACUGUUCCAUAAAGGCUCAACAUGUUUCUAAGUCAUGUGACUCACUGAGAUUGGACUUGUUGUCUGUGUUGUUAAUGUUGUCUUGUUCUGUAAGUGAGAGCUGACUAUUAAUCUUCUGUUCUGAACCAUGUGUGAUGCAGAUGCUGUGUCUGUGAUCAAUUCCAAAAUGGCCUUGACUCUUUCUGCACCAGUGCAUAUGCAGCACACCUUUGAGUGCACCGAGGGUUUUGUAUAAGGUGCUUUGUACAAAGUUGACCAUAACAUUUAUUACAGAUGUUGUGUAUAUCUUUAAUAUUCUAAUGUUUAUCCUAUUUUCAGAAGAGCAGACUACAUUUAAUUAAAUCAAGAAGCUAGUAAUAUGUGUCUAUUGGUACUGCACAGGGUCUGAUCUUUAUUUGGUAACUUUCCCCCCUCAUUGCUAAAAUUGUUAGAUAUUUUCUAGCUUUGUAGAGACUUUGUAUGCAUAUGCUAUUCAGUUUAAAUAAAUGGUCUGUUCCAAACUGU